AAGUGACUGUGGGGCGCGCGCUGGCUGAGCGGAAGUGACGCAUGAGCCGGCUGGAAGAAAAGACAGACGUUCGUACAUAAGCGAUCGCAGACAAGUCCAAUAAAGGAACACACACUGCAUGUGUGUGCGCCACAGACUCCUGCAGGUCGUUCAGAAUUGCAGCUGACUGAGGAACAGGAGGAUGGCGAGGAAGGGCGGUUAUAAAGAUGUGUCAGGAGUGGUGUUCGACACGCACUCAAAAAUGGUGAUGUCUCAAGGAGGAUCUUUUGAGAAGAUGAAAGAAAAGAUCAACGCUGUGCGAGCUGUGGUUCCCAAUAAGAGCAAUAAUGAGAUCGCUCUGGUGCUGCAGCACUUCGAGAACUGCGUGGAUCGAGCGGUGCAGGCGUUUGUUGAAGGUAGUGCCGUGGAGAUCCUGAAGGAGUGGAAUACCACUGGGAAAAAGAAGCCCAAGAAGAAGAAGAAGCCGAAAGCCCAGAGCGAUGUUCCCGCAGACGCGACUCCUGCCGAAUCUCCCCCAGACGCUGAGUGUCAGGAGGCUGUGAACGGCUUCCAUGCGAACGGUUCUGCAGCAGCCGAGUGCGAGUCCCUGGACUCUCUGAGUGAGCAGCUGGACUGCGCUUCUCUGGACGCAGCGGAGCUCGAGCCGGAGCCUGCCGUCCCGGAGGCUUCAGAGGCCACAGGUGGAGAGGUCACGUCCUCUUCAAGCCCCGGCACCACUGACGGGCCGCGGCAGAACCAUCACGGUUUCCGUAGUAACAAGUCUCAGUCCAAGCCGGUUUCCAGCUCCCAGAAUCCCUCGAUGCCCAUUCCUUUCGAAGACGCAUGGCGAGGUUCUGCUGCCAGGAAGAUCGCUGGGCCGAACGUGGAUCGCUCCGUGAAGGACCUGCAGAGAUGUGCGGCGUCACUGUCUCGCUACAGAGUCGUGGUGAAGGACGAGAUGGACUUCUCCAUCAAGAGAAUGAAGCAGACGUUUGCUGAGCUGCAGAGCUGUCUCAUGGAUCGAGAGGUGGCGCUUCUCGGUGAGAUGGACAAAGUCAAAGCAGAAGCCAUGGCGAUUCUGGAUGGGCGUCAGAAGAGAGCGGAGGCGCUGAAGAGACUGGCUGACCAAUCAGCAUCACUGACUGAAGAACAGCUGACUGAACUACGAGCUGACAUUAAGCACUUUGUCAGUGAGCGCAAGUAUGACGAGGAUCUUGGGAAAGCUGUGAAAUUCUCCCAUGAUCUGGAGCCUCUGAAGUGCAGCAUCAUGGCGUUCGGAUCAGUGUAUCAUCCUCAGACGAGCUACUCCAGCCGUUCUCGCUGUAGCUCCUCCUCUUCCUCCGUCACAGGCUCAGUUCCUGUCCAAGCUCCGCCCCCCUCUGAGCCUCAGGCCUCCUCGUACACGGGCCGCCCCGGUGGGCCACACAAACAGAUUUUCCAGGGCAACAGGCGCUUCAUUCACGGUUACCAGGGAAACCAGCGCUAUAAUGGAAACGCCCAUCCUGAGCGAAACCCUGGCCGAAGCAACUACCGUAACCAGGGAGAGCGCAGUCACCAGAGCGACAUCACAUCCCAGCCGGCCAAUAGGGCGAGACCCCAGAGUGACAUCACAUCCCAGCCGGCCAAUAGGGCGAGACCCCAGAGUGACAUCACAUCCCAGCCGGCCAAUAGGGCGAGACCCCAGAGUGACCUCACAUCCCAGCCGGCCAAUAGGGCGAGACCCCAGAGUGACCUCGCAUCCCAGCCGGCCAAUAGUGCGCGAGGCUCCGCCCACUCCUCAGGCUAUCGCUCGGAUCGCCCCGCCCACAACGGGCUUCCACAGAGGCAACCGCGGACGCCCUGCCCGUGAUGCGCGCACACACACACACACACACACACACACCGGCCAGAUGAAGAGAAAUAUCAAGUUUACAUCUGAGUUGAGCUGCAGCCUGACUCACUCCUGCUCUUCAUUCUUCUCUUGCUCCUCUUUUCCUCCUGUCUGUCUGAGCUGCUCACACUAGAGUCAGUGUUAGUCUCAGUAGUUCCUGUGAGUGUUUCUCGUGGGCUUCCUCUUUCAUAUCGUCCGUGUCGAGGAAAGAGUUUUCGGCACGUUUGUUAUUCACAUACCAGAUGAUCAACACUAAGAUGGCAGGCUGAGUUUGUCACGAAGCUCGUUUAGUGGGCUGGGCGUAGUUUGUGCCAGUUGUUAGAGAUGUUAGUCCUCAGUGACGCUCUCUCCAUGCUCCCGAUAUACCUCACACCUCCUCCUCACACACAUC